AUGGCUCAGAAGACCUUGCAGAUUUCCGAGUGGUCGGAAGUGGAGAUUGGCAAGCAAGUGCAGACCGUCGUAGAUGGUAAGGCAUACCUUGGCACAGUGAGGUUCAGUGGAAAAACGCAGUUUGCAAAAGGACAUUGGAUUGGCCUUGAGCUGGAUGAACCUGUGGGGAAGAAUGAUGGCUCUGUCCAGGGCGUCCCCUACUUCAGCUGUCCGGCCCGGCACGGUCUCUUCUGCCGGCCAAGCAUCACGCCGAAGAGCUCACCUGCCGAAAGUGCAAAUCAGCAGACUGGAGGACUGGCGGAAAUCAAGGAGAACAUCAAGGAGAUCUUGGGACACAUGAAAGACUUGUGCGUCCAGCAUCAGAUGCUCAAGUCUGAAGUGGCGCGCUUGGACCAAGUGGAGCGCUUGGCAGCGGACGCAGACGUGAAGCACCAGCGCCAAGCGGAGGCGCCGGUCGUGCUGUCUGCCCCGAAGCGGUCGGAAGAGGCUGACCAUUGGGUGGGCGAACGAGUGCAGGUGAAGAUGAAAACCGGGAUGUGCUGUGGCACGGUGAGGUUCAAUGGAACAACGCAUUCUGGAGGACAUCGGAUUGGCGUUGAGCUGGAUGAACCUGUGGGGAAGAAUGAUGGCUCCGUGAAGGAGCACAGGUAUUUCACCUGCGCGGCCAAGCACGGGGUGUUUCUUCACCCAAAGGACAUUUUCUCGGAGUCGGACCCUGGGUCUUCAGUGCUCGAAGUCAGGCACAUCAUCAAGGAGCUCCUGACGAAAGCUGAUGGCGUGAGUGACAAGCAAGCGGCAACCAUCGCAAAAGUUCAUGAGCUCAUGUCACAAGUCGAGCAUCUGGACGACACAGUGGAGCACGUCGCGAUUAGGCGGAAGCAACUGGCUGAGGUGGAGCAGUCCGGUGAUAUGUACAAUGGCGAGGUUGAUUCGAAGGUGGCCACCUUAGCAAGACGAGUCAAAGACCCCAAUGCCACACUGGAAUUCUCUGCUCUGCCGAAGAGAGAACCGCAACUGGUGGACCCCGAGGCUGGCCCCUCCACAACUGGAUGCCCAGCGGCACGCGCGGCACGCAGCCGAUUCUGCUUCGACGAAAGCAGCAGACCGUUUGGGCCAGAUGCCACAGACGAUGGGGACGUCAGCCCAUAUGCACGCUCGCCCAGCCGGCCCAGCCCAUAUGGCCGUUUAUCAGACCCAUUCGUACCGGACCUGUCUUCCAACUCAAGAGCUGCAAGCGAGACACUUCUGCCAGAUUCUACUGCGCCAGAUGGCUUGCUCGAUCCGCUCGAGCCGGUCCGGGGCCGUCUUUCAGACCCAGUUGUACUGGACCUGUCUUCUGACUCAAGAGCAAGCGACACACGGUACCUGCCGGACGAUGAAUUCGGAGUCCGUCUCAUCUUGCCACCCUAG